AUGACAGGGGUAUAUGCACCAACCUGCAACUUAGAAAGACAGGAGGUGUGGUGGGAGAUAGGGGCUGUCAGGAGUUUAUUUACAGGGCCUUGGGUUCUUGAGGGUGAUUUCAAUUUUGUUAGAUAUGCUUCAGAAAAGAGGAACUGCUCCAGAACCUCUGCGUACAUGAAUGAUUUUUCUGAUGUUAUUGAGGACAUGGAGCUAAUUGAUCCACCACUUGAAGGGGGGAACUACACGUGGGCCAGGGGAUCCAACCUGGAAGCUGUUUCGAGGAUAGACAGAAUUAUGUACUCCUCUGAAUGGGGGGAGAGUUUCUGCAAUGUGAAGCAAGAACUACUACCUCGAGUUUGUUCUCACCAUGCACCAAUUGCACUUAAAAGUGGCCGUUGGAGUCAUACAAAAUCAUAUUUCAAAUUUGAAGGAUGGUGGUUGGAGACCAAGGGUUUUAAUGAAAGAAUUAAAGAUUGGUGGACAUCUUUUGAAUUCGAAGGGAGGCCUGAUUUCAUCCUAGCUUCCAAGCUGAAAGCUAUGAAGACUAAACUGAAAGACUGGAGUUCCAGGCCUUUAACUGAAGGAGAGACUCUUCAAAAAGCAAGUGUGGUAAAGGAGUUUGAAGAGUACGCAAAGAAGGAAGAGAUAGCAUGGAGACAGAGAUCUAGAACUCUGUGGAUAAAACAAGGGGACAAAAAUACAAGGUUCUUUCAGAGAAUGGCAAAUGCUCAUAAGAGAUUCAACCAUAUUGAUAAACUGGUGGUAGAAGAUCAAGAACUGUGUCCUUCCAUCAGCUUUGAGGAGCAACAAGAACUACAAAAGCCUUUUGAAGAAGAGGAGGUCCUUGGACUUAAAGCUUGUGUUGUAGACAAAGCACCAGGUCCAGAUGGAUACACAAUGGGUUAUUUUUUAAUUGCUGGGAGAUAG